AUGGCACCCACUCUCGGCAAUGGCUUCUCAAUACCGGUGGCCCUCAACUGUGAUUUCUCAAAGGAGAUUACCCUGAACAAUGACUUCACAAUGCCGACAGUCGGUCUUGGCCUCUUUCGCAUGGAAGGCAAGGACGUAAAAGAUAUCCUCUUUCACGCCAUCAAGAUUGGCUAUCGCCAUUUCGACUGUGCAGCCAAGUACAAGAACGAGGUAGAAGUUGGCGAAGCGCUGGCGGAAGCAUUUCGCAUCGGGCUCGCAAGGAGGGAGGAAAUUUUCAUUACCACAAAGCUGUGGAAUUCGGACCACGGGCAUGUGAUUGAGGCAUGCAAAGACAGUUUGAAAAAGCUUCAGCUGGACUACUUGGAUCUCUACCUGGUUCACUUCCCUGUGGCCACCAAGCAUACAGGUGUGGGAGCAUGCACGAGCGCGUUGGACGACAACGGAGUGCUGGACAUAGACACCACCAUAACCCUGGAAGCGACCUGGCGCGGCAUGGAGGAUUUAGUUUCCAUGGGCUUAGUUCGCAGCAUUGGCAUCAGCAACUACAGCCUCCUCCAGACGAGGGAAUGUCUGGCAUACUCCAAGAUGAGACCUGCUGUGAACCAGAUCGAGCUGCACCCGUACUUCCAACGCGAAUCCCUCAUCAAGUUCUGCCAGAAGCACGGCGUCUGCGUCAUGGCACACACGCCCCUAGGAGGCGCCACAGCCAACACCAUUACGUUUGGGUCGGUCUCUUGUCUGGAUGACCCGAUUCUAAAGGGUCUGGCUACAAAGUAUAGGAAGACGGUAGCUCAGAUCGUGCUAAGGUGGAGCAUUCAACGGAACACGGUUGUCAUCCCAAAGACAUCGAAACCCGAGAGGCUGGAGGAGAACUUUCAAGUUUUCGACUUUGAGUUGGAAAAAGAAGACAUGGACUUGAUAAAAAGCUUGGACCGGAACUACCGGACAAAUCAACCUGCAAAGUACUGGGGUAUCGAUAUAUAUGCAUGA